GAGGUGACCGUCUAUGCACAGAUAACGUCCCUUAUUGUACGCUUAUCGAUCGGGUGCAGUCGAAGGGCAGUUAUUCCGUUUCACGCCCCGAAAUAAACCUCCUCAUAAGAGUUGUUGGACAUUUUACUAUGACUGCCAGCAACGAAGUUUCGGAUCCUGCAUUCCGUCCCAUCUGGAGGCCUUUCCUGACACCGUCCGAACUGGUGCCUUCUCCCGACUCCGCAUUUCGUCCGGUGAAGAAGAAGCUGGUCUGCAGCGGCUGUGGCCUUACAUUCGCCAACUGUGGUCAGCUGGUUGGCCACAUGAGAGUGCACACAGGUGACAAACCUUUCAAGUGCGGCGUCUGCCCUCGCGCCUUUGCCCGAAACGAGGAACUGACGCGCCACCGACGGAUCCACAGCGGAGACAAACCACAUUCGUGUGACAUCUGCCACAAACGGUUCGGUCGGAAAGAUCACCUCAACAAACACCGCAAGACCCACCUCAAAGACACCGAGAAGAAAGUGCACGUGUGUGGACAGCCUGGCUGUGGUCACCGAUACACCCGCACCGAUGCUCUGGCCAGGCAUCAGUGGACUGCACACGCUAUUCGGAGGCAACAGCAACCACAUCAAAGUAAUACUGUGCAGCAUACGUGCAACGAACCUGCACUAAUAAAGUAACCUAGUUCAUUCUC